GCGGUGCUGAACGCAGCCUCUCCACCGCAGGCUCGCCGCCAUCGCCGCGCUCGGCUUACCGCCGCUCCAUUGCGCACUCGCGCGCAUCCGAUGCCGGCUCGGUGAUCGACUACGACUCGCCACGCCAGUCCUCGUCGCGCACGGCCGGGCGUGCCUCCAAGGUCGCCUCAUCCUCGCGAGCCUACGACGACUCUCCGGAGGACGACGACGAGCCGCUGGACUUUGGCGACCACCCCUCCUUUGACCUCAGCGCCAUGGCCGGUGAUGACGACGCGGCCGCGGCGCCUUCAGACGCCGGCUCGGCAGACGAGACGAUGCGGCUCCCGCGAGCGCCCGCUGCAGGCUUGGCCGCUCGGCGUGCGGCGCAGGAGCGGACACAGCUGGGCCACCGCAGCGUGCGCGAGGCGAGCACUGAGUCUGCGGCGGAGCUCAGCGGCGAGCUGCUCGAGGAGAUCAUCGAGCCGGACGUGGGCGAGGAGGCGCUCGAGUACACGUCGGCGGGCCAGUGGGAUGUGCACGAGGCGCGCAAGGGCUCGUCCGUCUCGCCCGUCAAGGGCAAGACGAGCAAGAAGGCCGCAGCGGUGGGCGACGAGACCGACGCGCCAGCCCGUCCGCGCGCCCGGCCAAAGGCCGGCAAGAGCGCUGCGAAGGCCAGCAGCAGCGCGCCCGCCAAGGCUCGCGCGCCAGCAAAGGGCAAGAAGCGCGCCGUCGAGGAGUCGGACUCGUCCGGCUCAGAGUACGAUGCCGCGCCACCGCUGCGCGUCGAGAAGCGCACCGUGCAGCGCACCAAGGCCACGGGCGGCAAGCGCGGCCCGACGAGCGUGGUGCAGCAGCAGGUGGUGGAGCGCAUCCCCUCCGCCUACCACCGCGGCACGAGCGAGGAGAGCGAGGGCGGCGUGCGCCGCAGCGGGCGCUACCGCUACCAGCCGCUCGAGUACUGGCGCGGCGAGCGUGCGCGCUUCGGGCGGCCCUCGAUGCCGGCGGUGCGCGAGCACGCCGAGGACGAGGAGCCCAUCGACGGCGAUGCGUUCGAGCGCCUGCCGGGCAAGAGCUACGGCGCGCCGCCCGUGCCCGUGCUCAAGGAGAUUGUGCGCAUCCCGCGCGCCGAGGGCGAGGGCACGUUUGCCGGCAUGAAGCGCCCGCGUGCCAAGUCGGCCGUGCCGGCGGGCGGCAACAAGCCCGUCGUCAAGCGGCGCAAGGCGGGCUCGGUGGAUGAGGAGGUCGAGUUUGAACUCGACCCCACGGCGCCAACGGUGCACCCCGAGGACGGCUGGGACAAGGACACGGAGCCGCACGGCCUCGUGUGGGACGUCGAUGCGGAGAGCGAGGUGUCACGACGCAUCGUCUGCACCUCGUCGCAGGUGCGCCCGCGCACGGCCUUCAACAACAGCUUCGCCUUCGAAAAGGUCUUUGGCGUCGAUGAGUUCAUGGCCGCCGGCGUGCUCGACAUUCCCGUCGGCGGCUCAAAGCCGACGAAGCCGACCAAGGACAACAACUACGUCUUCGUCGUCAUUGAGGGCGCAGUCCGCGCACGCGUGCAUCGCACGAACUUCCACCUGGCGCCCGGCGGCAUCUUUCUCGUUCCCAAAGGCAACACGUACAGCCUCGAGAACAUCUGCCAGCGGCCGUGCCGCAUCUUCUUCAGCCAGGCGCGCAACACUGCUGCGCUCGCGCCGGCUGCUGAGGCACACACCGGCUGAGCGCAGCCAGCGUGCCUGUGCGCCCGCUUUCUGUCUCCCUCUUCCCCCUCUGCUCCCGUCUUUCGUCACCUCUGGACGCGCUGACCAUAUAUCCCAUGCUCCACUGAGCGCGCAAUGCACCCAUGCGCCAUCUCGCCCCUCACGCUCAGCCCU